AUGCAAUCGACCGAAAUGCAAAAAAGUGUAUCAGUGCAAGUAGAUAGUGAUUUCGCGCUUUUUCUACCCGGUGGUGUGUACGAAAUUAAAAAAAUGGAACCAAGAUCGAAAUUACGGAAAGUGAUUCUAUUUUGCUUAUUGCUCUCCUUGUUUGGGAUGGUGGCAUUUGGAUACUUCUGCCCAGAUCAGAAGUUUAAAGAUUUUAUGACCGAAAGUUACCUGAUGAAAAUGUUGAAAGCGUUCCGGGCACGUUCCGUUCCGGCUGCAGCAGCUUGCUGUGUGCUCUGGUACAUCAGCAAGCUCCAAUACCCGGCUUGUUUAGCAGCUAAAGAAUUUUUCCAACUCGUCGGAAAGCGUUAUAAAGUUUAG